AUGGUGUCGGCUGUAGUAGAUGGAGGUUUUUUCUCUGGCUUCUCAGUGGGAGAUAUCCACGGCUCUACCAUUAUUUCUCAGCUUUUGUUUGCAGAUGACACCUUGUUGUUUUGUGAGGCAAAUGCAGGGUAUAUUCAAUCUUUGAAGGCCAUCUUACUUUGUUUCGAAGCGGUAUCCGAGUUGAAGAUUAAUCUUGCUAAGACAGAGAUGGUCGCGCUGUGUUUGGGGGAUGGUAGUAGGAUCAGCUUUUGGAAUGAUGUGUGGGUGGGAGACACAGCCUUGAAGGAUGUUUAUCCCACGAUUUUUAGUAUUACAAGGGAGAAGGAAGCUAUGGUGGCGGACUUGGUGGUAGUCAAUCAAGGUUUACAAGAGUGGAAUAUUAGCCUUACUUGGGAUGCACAUGAUUGGGAAGUGAUUGUUUUGAUGGAGUUUCUGAACUUGUUGUACAACACUCCUAUUGUGGCUACAACUGAAGAUUCGCUAGAAUGGAGACCCUCUAGGAAAGCAAAGUUCUCGUUAGCCUCGGUGUCGCUAAAGAAGAUGAAGGCGUGUGGGUUUCAACUGUGCGAGAGGGGGUGCGAGUUGCUGUGCUACGGGGUAAAGAGGGGGUGCAAGAGGGUGGGUGCGAAGGGUGUGAAGGGCGGAAUCACCGCAUUAAUUUACAGCCAGCAGGCUGCAGCCCAAUACAGUCACUCGAACUCUCUACCGAAGAAGAAGACCGACAUCGUUAUAAUAGUUCUACAAGCUAGCUGCUUUAACAUGUUGUCCUCCAUAGAGGCGGCGGAGUCCUAUGUUAUUGGGGACUACAUCGGUGUGGAGAGCUGCCUUGAUCUCAAAGAUCAUGACAACAAGGAGGUGGUAAGCAGCGCAUUAAUGGAGAUCAGUACCAUUGCGCGGGGGGAUGAGUUGGACCAUAAUAUUGACGAGUCUCGUGAUGAUUAUGAUGACGAGGGUAAUUACUACAGCAAGUACUGUCGUGGGAAGCGAGAACAGAGGCUGGUGGCAUGGAAGAAGAAAGAGUUUCCACCGCCGAUACCGUCGCUGGCACGCACGGGGAAUCUGCCUUCUCAUAUGCCGUGGGUGCUGAAGCGGCAAUACACCAGCGAUGGAAGGUUGGUUCUCACAGAGGAGAAGGUGAGGCACCACGAGUACUUCCGCGCCCACAGGGCUAAUGGGCGUCUCACGUUACAGCUUGUGCCUCUCGACAAUUACGACGCUUGGCUUUCUCGAUCUCCCUCUGAUGAUGACGAGCACGACGAUUAUGGCGCGAAUGAAGAGCCAUUGAUGAUGAGCGAUUUUAGAUCAAGAUCAUCAGGAAAAUGAUCAACACGUCCAUGAUAACGAGGAUGAAGAUAUUGUUGAUGGUGAUCAUGAUCACCUCGUGAGUGGGGACGGUGACGAUCAGGUAAUUGAGAAGGAAAUCUUCGAAAAGGAUUGGAGAUCAUCAGUGGUUGAAGAUUCAGCGUCGAUGAAUGGGAGUUCUGGAAUACUGGGUGUUAAUGGGGGCCAGGAAAGUGCUUAAACUACAACAAUAUGAGUACUUCUCGAUCAUCUUCCUGCAUUUUUGGGGUGCCAGUGAUCGGUGCAAUCAGCACAGUUCGUAGCUAGUAGCAUCAAUCUAAAUUUCUAUUUUUUUUUUUUUAAUUUUAGUGAUCAAAUGCUAUUUAAUUUUUCCUUGGAAAUCUUGUUAUGUUUAGUCGAUACAUUUUGAGAUGUAUUAUUUAAUAAUUUACGAU